AUGCUGCCGGAUAAAUACUUUUUUCAGGAGGGAUCGAACCAAUUCAGUUGUAUCCUCUGUCGUGGAAAGAGCACCAGCAACCAAAAGAAGCAUGCACGCGGCCAACGUCAUCUAAACCUUGUGCGAUUGGAUGAAGAGCGUAUUGAGAGACAACAAGAGAGGAUCAAUGUGAAUGAGACUUUAAACCAACAAGAGUCAAACCGGCCACGGAUCGAGAUAGAACCUAUAUGCGACGACCCCGUUUGUUCCGAUGAGCAAGUUGAACCUCUAGUGAAUGAAACCGAUGAUGAAAGCGAUGUGGUUCCAAUCAGUUUGUUUGAAGAUGGCGAGAGUGAACAUGAGGAGGAAGAGCUGGACUGGUUGAACUUACUCGGUGUUGCAAUUGAUCAGAUUGAUGAUGAACCGGCCGACUCCUUUGAUGGACUUCUAGUACCUGCUUUCCAACGUGACCUGGCCGAAAUUGAGGAGAUUAUGACAGUUGACUCUGCGUGGUUCCCAUUUGUAAACAAGGACUAUCUUAUUGGAUCCUUAUUUGUGGGAUACUUGCACAAGAUCAUCUCUCAAGAUCUAUAUCAUCAAAUUCGAAGCAUACUCACAUUGCACCAUAUCCAUCUGCCAGGAUGGGAGACAUUAAGGAGGACACGUCAGAAGAUACGUCUCAUGAGUCACCACUCUCUGGUCGAAAAGGAAUCCGUAUUUGGCCAGCCAAUGUUUGCGCUGGAUGCUAGAGAGAUAAUUUCAGAUGAUUUAAGGAAUCCCUUGGUCGCCCCCCACUUGGAUUUCCUGCCGGAAGAUGCACAUGGCAAAGGCAUAUUUAAGACUUCACAGUCAGCAAAGUGGCUCAAACAUCUUGCGCCAGAUAUACGUGUACAAAUGGUGGCUUAUAACAAGAAACACUACUAUACUUAUGAGCCGGUCCAACUCAAGAAUGACGAUAUCAUUAUUCCCAUAUUUUUCUACACACUUCAAUCUAACACCUUUGCAAAAUGCUACAAACCACAAAUUACAUCAAACCGGCACGACUCUACGGUGAAGAUAGCUAUUGCCAGUGAUAUCUUAUAUGAUGAUCCUGAUUUACAAGAAAUCAACUUGGAGGAUUUUGAUCUUCUCUAUUCUGAAAUCAUUUCAAGUGAUGGUCGAAAACUAUUGGAAUACUGUGAGAACUUGCUUUAUGAGCAAAACAGUGAAGGCACAAUCAAGCUACCAAAUCCUUGGAGGGAGAAAGCCAACGGGAGGAUCAUUCGACACGUACCCGUGAACAUGUAUUGUGAUGAUACUUCUGGAAAUAAAUCAAAGGAGUGGAACAAACACAUCUCUUAUUACUUUACACUCUCCGGAUUACCUCCGAAUCUCUCAAAUCAACAAUUCAACUGCCAUUUCUUGUGCACUUCUAACAUUGCUGGAGCUCUGGACCUUGGAGAGAUUGUGGUCCAACAGUUAAAUGAGAUGGUGAAUGAUGGAUUUGAAGCAUAUGACAUGAUUCUGUCUCAAAAUGUUCUUGUUAUGGCUCCACUGUUAUGCUUCUUGGCCGACUCUCCGAUGCACGCUGAGAUAACCAACACUCCUGUCCCUGGACCUUCGUUGAAUCCCUGUCGAGUUUGUGUCCUCAGUUCCAAAACGAUCAAAGACAGGAAUACACUCGCAUCCCAAUAA